AAGCUGGCAAGCGGGGGUUGAUCUCGCGGCGGUUACACAGUGCGGGAAAUUAACGUUAACUCAAACGCCCCCUGCUCAACGGAUUUUACAACGGCUGUUUUUGGCUGGCUUUUACCCACAGUCAUGUGAUUGUAACGUAAAACCCCUAACCGGAAAACACCGACGGACGACCCUCUCUCCGCUGCCAACGAAUGCAGCGUUUACAAGGAACAGUUGAAGCUGCUGCGAGCCCAGAGGACGGACGAGUCUCCGGUAACAAACAAACAACGGCGACACGGCAAACUCCGCCAAUUUAAGGAGCGCGCAGGUUGAAGAAUGGAGUUGGCCAACCAUGGUCUUAUCCUGCUGCAGCAGCUUAACGCUCAGAGAGAGUUUGGCUUCCUGUGCGACUGCACCGUGGCUAUAGGAGAUGUCUUCUUCAAAGCCCACAAAGCUGUCCUCGCUGCCUUCUCCAACUACUUUAGAAUGCUCUUCAUUCACCAAGACAGUGACUGUGUGCGUCUUAAGGCUACGGACAUACAGCCAGAUAUCUUCAGCUACCUCCUCAACCUGAUGUACACAGGCAAACUUGCCCCACAGCUCAUAGACCCUGCACGACUGGAGCAGGGGGUCAGAUUCCUGCACGCCUAUCCACUCCUGCAGGAGGCAAGCCAGUCUGUGUAUUCCCACCCCGAGCAAAGCAUCAACCUCUCAACCUCUCUCUAUGGCAUCCAGAUCUCUGACCAACAGGUUGCGCUGUCGGCCAGACUGCCCAGUCGGCAGAAUCUCUCUUCACCCUUUGAUACCGAGCAGGGGAGCUCAGAAGGAAAGUAUCCAGCCACGCCGCCUACUAGUUCAUACACAAAUUCCUUACCACCAAAGCAAGCUUCCUCACCCCCAGAUAUGGAGGCUUCAACUAGUGGUGCAAAGCCUAUGGUUGAGGACGGGGCAAUGGAUAUCCUAAGUCCGGACGGUUCGUCAGCAGGUGCCAUCCUCCAUGUAAAGCCCAGCAUAAUGAAGCGGAGUUCCUCCUUUAGGAAGCAUUACUCCUGCCAUCUCUGCAGGAGUCGAUUUACCCAGAGAAGUCUCCUGCGAGAGCACCUCCUGCAGCACACACAGGCUCUUCAGCAGACCUCGACUGAGCCCAGCAAUUCACUCUCACCUGUCAUAACUAAAGAGCACGGCUUACCAGCUGAGGGAGUUCUAAAGGGAAACAAGGCUGGGUUAAGUGGCUCGGUUGCACCGACAGCGGUCGAGAUCAUUAGCGACAGUGAGCAAACCCCUGUUUCAGGUACCAAUUCAGACUCUCCUCGAGCAGAGGUGUCCACUUCCAGCUGGGGAGUGGGAGGGUUAAAUUCUCAGGCCGAUACGCCUCCUCCUUCAGAUAUCGCGGACAUCGACAACCUGGAGAACACAGAUGUGGACCGGGAAGUGAAGCGACGGAAGUACGAGUGCUCCACUUGUGGCCGCAAGUUUAUUCAGAAGAGCCACUGGCGCGAACACAUGUACAUCCACACAGGAAAGCCUUUCAAAUGCAGCACUUGUGGCAAGAGCUUUUGCCGUGCCAACCAGGCAGCCCGGCACGUGUGCUUAAACCAGGGGGCCGACACAUACACCAUGGUGGACCGGCAGAGUAUGGAGCUGUGCGCUGCAGGUGACGACAGCAACCAGAUGGAGGCGAUGUUUAUGGGCUCAUCGAAGCCUUACAAGUGUAACAUUUGUGCAACUACGUUCUCUAGCCCCAAUGAGGUGAUCAGACAUCUGUGUUUCACCCAAGGGGGAUUAGUGGGGCUGCAGGGAAACUCAGGUGCAGGUGCGCUGCUCCCACGUGAAGAAUUUUCCAAAGAUGAAGGCUCAGAUUUGUCCAACUCUGUUACCCCACUAGAACCCAUAAAGACUGAGGAAAUCCUCGUAGAAUAGUGCCAAGGCUUGUGCUUCUGUCCUGUUUUUGAAAAAAAAAAAACAAGUGUGUUAUCUAAAUUAUGUUCAAUAGGUAAGCUAAAGGUGAAGAUAGUCAGGUGACGUAUGUUUGAGGCUCUCUUAAACUUUAUUUUUUUAAAGGUGCAGUGUUUAGGCUCGAUAAAACAAUGUUUAAAGUAAAUACGCUUGCUCUGUUUGGAAGAAAAUCAAAUACGUGACAUUUGGCUUGAGGCUUGACUACCACUGUUUUGUGUUAUCAUUUAAUUGUUAGCGCACAUUGGUAUUAUAUCUGACAUGUUAGGGUGUACCACACUCUCAUGAGCUACUAUUGUGGUGAGGCAGUUUCUUCUCUAUAAAAGGAAGAGGAAGCCGAGGCAGUUCCGGAGGAGACAGCAUGUUGCAAGAUGAGUUGCCUGUGCUAAAUUUGUGAGCGGUGCAAAGUUCUAACAAUUCCUCUGGACGUGCACAGUGGAGUCGCUUCUACAUGUCCAUAAAUGAGAGGCUGAUUUCACAGAUCAGGCAUAAGAAUUUCCGGCUAAAAGCAUACAAACCUGAGACAAUCUGCGCUCUUAUUUGAGUAGAUUCUUAAUAUGCAUCAAACUACAUUUGUCUUCCAUUAGUCUACUUGUGAGGGCUCGGCAGAUUGAACACCUCGACAUGUAAUCAUUAAUUCUCAGCAACGAUUUAGUUUCCUUUCUGUUCUGCGGACUGUGGUUGAGGUUCCUGCGUCAGUCCUGUCACGCCACAUUAAAGCACAAUUUCUUUUCGUAAUACGUGUUUGGCCACUGAGGAAAAAGUCACAGGGAACACAUUUCAUCUGUCUACAGUUGUGCUGCUUUGAUUCGACUCAUCUUUCUUGCUGUGUGUGAGUGUGUGAGACAUUGUAUAACUUUUUAAUAACUAGGUUCUGAUUUGAAGAAGCAAUAUGAUCCAUUCAGACACGCAUACCUAGAUGGAAGGCUGUCCUGUACAAUAUUUUACAUCUUGUCUUUACAGUUAGCCUGGGUCAUCUUCUAAAAAUCCUUAUAAUAUUUGUUUGUAACGCUUUUAUUAUUAUUUCAUAUACUCUGCUAUACUUACAAAGACUACAUUGUAUUGAAAAGAUUUAUGUAUACUAGUUGAAAAAUCGCUUUUCAAAAACACACACAUAAGGAUGACCGUGAUAAAUAUCUUUCUCCAAAAAUUAGGCUGUGAUUUAAAAAUUAGGUUUUAAGCCUCCUUAACUUGCCAACUUAGUGCUCACUGUUGAUAUAUUUUAAAAAUCAUUUUGUGAAAAGGGAAUUUAUUUGGGAAGUUGAAGGGUUGUUUUGUUUUUUAGUUGUUUGUUUUCUAUUCUUUAGUUCUGUCCACAUUAGAAAAAAGUAGUGGCACCAGCAAUUGUGAUUCAUAGAAAAACUUUGGGCUUGUUCAAGCUGACAGUGGGAUAUAGGAAGAGUUUUGAUUAACAUGAAGUUUGCAAGAUAUACGAAGUAACAGGGUUACGUAAUUAUAUGGAAUUAUAAAAUGUGUUUUUCACCAAUUCUUUGGGAUAUCCAAACACUUUGUAUGUACUACUGAUGACUGGAACUUGUGAGACAUCUUUUGAAUAAGUGUGGAAUAAAUGUGAAGCUAGGAAAAGUUUUUACUCCUUACAUAAUUUCUCAUCCUCGAGUAUAAUAAGCUCCACUGCUGUAAAUUAAAUGAUAAAGUUGUUAACAAGCGUAUAUUUUCAUUUCUCUAUUUCAGAACUGAACUUUAUUUUAACUGUGAUUAAAAAUCUACUUGUAGAAAUAUCUUUAAUUUCUGUUCUUUUUUUUUUAAAGUAUUGCAAUGAAGUCAGUGCAGGGCGACGUGUAAACAUGUCUCUCCAAGAGGAAAUUACUUGUUACAAAAUUGUGUUUUUUACGUUACUUUUAAUAGAAUCUGUGCUUCCAAAUUUCUCCAGUUUUCUCCAGUUUUUCCCGUAUUCUCUUUUAAAGUAUUUCCAUACCAUUUCUCAAGAGGGUACAAAAACAGAAGCAUACUGCACGUACUGUUAUCUUGCUCCAUGACACAGUAUAGUUGUGGCGGUAGUAGAGAUGAAUUUAACAAUUUAGAAAUAUGGGGAGAAACUACAACUGCCAACUAAGGCACACAAAAGUUACACUGCCCGUGUUGUAAAUGCAUUAUUUUAGUAAUUAAUGAAAAUGCUAAAAAUGCUCAUCUCUAGUGUGUUUAACAUGCUUAGUCUGUUGAUAGAGCAGUUUUCUUUUACCCCCAGCUUAAAAUUUGCUUCCAUCUGUUUUUCCUUCCUGAGUAGCAGAAAGCAGUUGUUGCUUUGAUGCAGUUAGCCCACCCAUGAGCUAGAUGGAGCUGUUUCUCCUUGCUCAGCCUGAAUGAAGGGGAACGCUUUCAAACUUAAACAGUUAAUUUAUACCGAUCUGACUGUGUGGUUGCCAAUGACAUAAAUGACCUAUUUUGCUAGGAGUUGUCUUCAUGUCAAGUUUAGUUAUCAUAAAAGCACAAAUGUCUGUGAAUAUGUACUAGUGCAAAUGUUCAGUCUUCUAACAGGGAGCGGUUCUUGCAUGACUGUCUCAAGGGAGGCAGUUGAAAUGCUGUACUACUGACUUUUAUUUCUCUGAGCUACAUUGAUGUACAGAAAAAUGCACAGCUUAAAAAAAAAGGAGAAAAAAAGAUUAACCCUCCCCAAGGUUGAAAUUGUGCUUUAGACACAUCGGUCUUGUAACUGAAUGGAUGUGUUUGUGUGUCUCAGGAAGAUGAAAUUUUUUGUCUUUUCCGUUUGCUGGUUUUGAGAUGAUAAUUUCACUGAGGACUCCCCCCAACCUAACCCAUGAAACCUGACUGCAAACAAUGUUAGUCCCCCCCCCAGUGCCCAUCAGACAUCUACUGUGAUCAAUCUGUAUUCUCAGGAAUGUGAGUAACUUUUCUGUAUAAACUUUUUUUUUUUCUGUGAAGAAAGAACAAUAAAAACAUUUCUUUUUGA